AUGGCCAGUACCAGUUUGACGGCUUCCUAUUUGACGCCUGACCCAAGCUUCAACUGGUUUUUUUUGCUCGAGCUCAUUGUCUCACUAAUAUUAGCCCUAUUCUUUCUUCUUUAUUUCAACCGCCUCUUUGCGACCCUCCUAUCAUAUGCUCUACGAGCCUACACCUGGCAUUACUAUCGCAUCGACCUUGACAUAAAGGCACUGCAGUUGUCACUUCUCGGAGGGCGAGUCUUUUUCAAAGGCAUCCGAUAUCACGGGGUGAACGAAACAAUCUUUGUCAAUGGAGGCUUUAUCACUUGGAGAUAUUGGAAGCGCACAGUCGAACGAACAGAUCUGACGGGCCACCCAAACACAAGCGACACAAGAAAGGGUUCGUUCAACUCUGAUCGCGCGAGCUCUGAAAAUUGUCAGAAUGACGGCUAUGGGGAACAAGGGGGUGUUCGGAAAACGGUCGAGCUACCAUGUCGAGUCUCCCUCACAAUUUACGGGCUAGAAUGGUUCGUUUACAACCGGACUCCGGCGUACGAUAACAUACUUGCCGGAUUUGGCUAUGAAGAAGAAGGCUCGCGCAAUGAAGAUGAAAUCAACCUUGGUCCAACACAGACUCGGUCGGAGGCCCGACGCUCAAAAGAUUCCUUCAAUCUCAGGUCAAGGCAUCACAUACAAUCUACAAGUCGGGAAAGAUCUCAGCCCAAGCCAGAUAAAGAGGGCUCUUCAGGAGCACGUGAGCAUGCAGUUGGUGAUUCCGAAAUCUCAACGCCAGCCUCCCGCUUGCUCCAAUUGCUUCCAGUCAAGGUAGACUGCAAGAAAGGGGCCAUUGUUAUGGGGAAUGAAAAUACUCGAUCUGUCUUGACCGUCACGUGGAAUAGUGCCGAGGGUACAGUCGCUGCCUGCAAGGCAGGCCCACUGGAUCUAUACCGGCAGUUAAUCUCCUUCAAAUUUGACCAUCCAGUAAUGCAGCUUCGCCCGAAUCCAGAUUUCGAUCGGAAUCAAUUUGCAACUGCAAAGUUCUUGAGUACCGUCCAAGUGUCCGACAUCGGCGCGAAGCGCGGAGGCAGAAAAUCUUCGAGUUACGGCCUUCGCAAACGCAAAUUCUGGCACAGCAUUCGCGACCUAGUGCCAUACUUCCAAAGCUCGGUCGAGUCCUUUGCUUCCAGUGCCCGGCAAGCUGAGAAUUUACCUCGCAGAAAAGCGCAGAAUUUGGACACUGAAUGGACAGGUCUGUCCCGGUAUCUGGAUGAGACAAACGGCGACGACCACGAAAAAUGGAACUCAGUAGAGUACGGCCGGUAUUCUACGAUUUUAGAAAGCCCGGGCUUGCAUCUGACCUACUUUUGGGACAUUCCGGGGCGCGUUAGCUCCAAGCCCACCGACCAAGGGCCCACCAGCAACAUCAACAAUGCACUUCCUCCUGAAUGGGGGAUCGACCUCAAAAUUGAUGGGGGAACAAUUAAUUACGGACCAUGGGCUGACAGAGAGCGCGUUGGACUACAAACUGUCUUCUUUCCAAACUUUUUCCGUGACUCUCAGCCUGCGGAGCAGUUGGCGCUUGGAGUCCUCCGCCAAAGCACGGUUUUCAGAUUCCGUCUCGAAAUUGAGGAUAAUUUGACCAUUCGUAUUCCGUCAAGAGAGCCGUCCAAAGAUUGGCUAUGGAAGGGUCGUGCGGACGCUGUCCGAGGCGCGUCAAGGUCCAAGUCAAAGGGCGACAAAAAAAAGUCUCGUCCAAGGGAAGGAGAGAAGGGACAUGUGGGGGCUGAUAUCCGCCCUUUCGGGUGGUUGUCUCUUCGCCUUGGUCCGAACUCCACGCUGAACUAUGCAAUGGACAUGGUGGCCUCGAAAAAUGGGUUUCGCAACGAGCUUACUCUGGAUCUUCGAGACUCACGAAUGUCGUCUAGUGUCAACCACGGACUGUUGUGGCAAUGUCCCCGUCAAUUGAUUCGGUGCGACCUAUCGAAUCCCUUGGCAUGGAACGGUCUGCGGACGUGGAAUUUCGUUGUCGAGAGCCAAGAGAUGGAGCUUUUCCUUCUUCGAGACCAUCUUUUUCUUCUGACAGACCUUGUCAGUGAUUGGGCAUCGGGCCCGGCCCCCCGUUACCACACAUUUGUUCCCUUCCUUUACAAGAUUGAUCUUGUCUUCUCCAAUAUCCAGCUUUUUGUCAAUGUCAAUGACCGUAACAUUAUCAGCAACCCUUCCGACUUAGGGGACAAUCGGUUUAUUGUCAUCAAGAGCCAGGAAUUGACGUCGAAUGUGCUGAUUCCCCUCGACAAAUACCAACCCGAACAAAGCGCAGUCAACUUCAAAGUAAAUCUUCAGGACGGGAGAGUUGAAUACCUGGUUCCUCCUUGGGACACUCUCCACACAUUUUUGCAGGAAAAUCGCUUCGCAACGCUUGACGGUCUCGUCAUCGAGGGCUCUUAUGCCUACUUUUCAUCACCAUCGCCGGAGCUAAUAGAUACUCUGACACUCAACAUAGAGGGAUAUGUCCCGCGGCUUUAUCUCUUUGGAUUUUUGAUCAAAAGUUUUAUGGCGGUGAAGGAUAACUAUUUCGGCGACGAAAUGCAUUUCAAGACCCUGGAAGAGUAUCAGGAGCUGGCUUAUGCCAAUGCGCGACCUUCUAACUUCACGGGGAUCAAUCCUCACAAGAAAUCGAACGACAUGGAUGUAAUAGUCCACGUGACUGUCGAAGAGCCAUGCGCUCUGCUACCGGAAGGCAUAUAUGACCUAUCAAAUUGCUCUCGUCUGCAAGCUGCAUCUUUGGAGGUUGAUCUCAGAUUCACCAAUUAUUACAUGGACAUGCAAUUUUCGAUUAGCCCACUCAAGUUGGACAUGGAGGCAAUUCAACCAGAAGGAUCGUCGACUGUCUCGGGUACACAGCUUUUUGUUGAUGGGCUUUCAGUUUAUGGACAUCGUCUGUUUGGUCAGCCUCCAGCUGAGCCAACCUAUGUCUGUAAUUGGGACUUUGAUGUUGGCAAAGUCAUUGGCGAAUGCUCUCCAGGGUUUCUUCAAUGCCUCGCGUCUGGACUUCAAAGUUUCGAUUUCACAUUCGAUAACGAGGAGAACUCCCUUCACCCUCUCUUUCCGCCAGAAAUAUUCGAUGUCACUUUUCUGAGAGCCCGCAUCUCGUCAGUCCAUAUCUCCGUGCUUCUUGAUCAAAGUGCCAUCGUUCUGGAAACCCAGCCUCUUUCAAUAGACUUCAAUGACUGGGCGGACUCUAGGUUCUCAAAAAGAAUGAGCGUUACGACUUCUGGCAUAGCAUUGGCUGCUGUGGAUCGUCAAUCAGUCUCACGCUCUCUCCGUACGUCUGACGGGUCUGUUCCUCCGCUGGGUAUGGUUGAGCUGGCAGUCUCAAUUAAGCUCGCGAUUCGUAAGCGCGAUAUUGCGGAUAGUCGGCUGGCGCAACAGGAGCAUAUCAAGACACACGACCAGCGAACGCAUCGAGCUCAGUGGCUUUUAUACGAUUGGGAAGAUGCACGCCCGCCCUCAUCUCUGACACACGCCGAAGACACCGUCUUCUCCCCUUCGAUGCCGAUACCGUCAAUGCCUCAGCCAGUCAGUCAGAAUCUCUUUUCAAGGGAUGAGUCUUACCGAGAGUUUUUACUACAGAAUUCAGCGGGAAGCUCCCGCAGUUUCUUAAUGCAUUCGGAAGCAUCGAGUGUCAGGAGUGACAAACAUCACGGCAAACAAGGAUCGCAGCCACCUCGGCCGACACAAAGCAAAAGGCCUCCAUCAGCAGCCAGUAACGUCCCGUGGUCCGAAGGGCGAUCGCGCAAGGCCAAGAGCACUACGUCUUCAGCAAAGAUUCUCCAGGACUCCAAUCCAUGGUCGAUACCUGAAUUCUCGUAUUGGAAGCUGUCGUUGAGCAGGGUAGACCUUCCACAAUUUGUCAUCAGCCAACCGACAAACGGGACCGAAUUCGACUUCGUUCCUGCACGAAGAAUGAUGUUCUUAACCUUCGAUGACGAUCAAACGACAUACAGCAAUCUUGCGUUGAACUUUCCUUUGGGUAUUCGAGGUCAUUUCACUCCAAAGUUUCUCUACAGUUUGCUGUCUAUGGCGGACGGGCUUGAAGCCAAACGUCCAAUUCGAAUAAUUGACUCCUUGCAGAGGAGCGUCAUCGCCAAUAUUCUCGGCAAUAGCAAAUCGGAGAGUGAUCCCAAAAGAGCCCUGUCAGUGGCCAUUCGGAUUCCAAAGGUUCACCUGAAUCUGGUCGAUCUAUCAAGGUGCCCAGGUGACCAACAUGCCGAAUUCCGUGAUGAGUAUAGCCUUGCGGUGAACAACGUACGAGUGGAAUUUGAAGAAAGGACCAUGCGAGGCGAGAAAAGCGUUUCGGGCGGUCCCUUAGAAAAAACAACAGUUCACGCGGCAAUUGAUGAACUAUGGGUGUCAGCCGAAGGAAGCUGUACUGCUGCACUCGAAGAGAAAGCUGUCUGCACUUUUGAAUCUCGCGAUAUCAACUUCUGGCUCUUGACUGAGCCGAGGAGACGGUCUCAUUUGCAAGUACGGGAUAUUCAUGCCAUGACUUCUGGGAGAUCGGUGGAGCGCUUGGCUUCUCUCGCUCGUCGGGCGACAGCAACUUUCAGUUCAAUCGCAGCGGCCUUUCAGAGAGUAUACUCCUCUCGAACGAGGCGCAUCCAGUACUUGAUCUUCAUUUUGAUCAAAUCUGCAGAGGAAAUUGCCGAUCCAAUUUUUUUGACUCGCAUAUCUAGUGUUUUGCGGAUAGAUGCGAGUCAUAUCAGACAGCAUGAUUCCUGGAAGAUUCUUUCUCGCAUCCGCCAUAUUUACAACAACUUGCCCGCGCAGAACCAACGAGACUUGGACGGAAUUUGUCGUGGCAGGGAUUUCCCUUUGCCCGAUGACGCUCAGUCCUCUGUGCUUGCUGGUCUAGACCAAUGGCGCGCGUGGGAUCUAGCGCAUGUUGAGAAAAGCCUCGUCAUGCGAAGGAUCUGGUCAAAUUUGAGCCCCCAAUCGGAAGAUCUUGGUCAUCCGAUGGUUUUGUCCAGUUCGGUCAAAAUGCUUCGUUGUGGUCUUGACCCUGGGCCUAGAGAAAGUAUGUUUGCUCUGGAAAAUCUCUCGAGUCUUGUGUCCGUCGUCAGAAAGAGAUCUGUUCAGGGAGGCGACUCAUGCAUCCAUACUGCGGUCACGCUGCAGCUGUACUGUUCUUCUGCUAGUCUCCAAUUAAGAUGGGAACUAGUCGAUUUCGCAGGAAAACUGGCGAAGCACAUGUUCCCAACCGCGAGGGGGACGUCAUCUCCGCCUAUCGUUGCCGAUAACGCAACAAAGGACCUUACUUCGUUUCACAUGACUGUCGGUGUUGAUCUCGGGGCUGUGACACUCGAUGCUAUUAACGUCAAAUUGGUAUUGGCCGCUGAAGCACUAAACGGAUCUCUUGUUCACAGCCCUCAAGGAGCGGAGAUAAACGGAGAUGAACUCUUCACCAUAGUCCUCAGUGCCAAAACUUGCUCUUCCGAACUCUCCAGUCAAGCAAAAGUUAUCAUGUUGUCGGAAAUGUCUACUCCUUACUUGUCUUUCAACAAAGUUUCCUUUACUGAUAAGGAGUUCAAGCACGAGCUGAUGACUGUGGGCUCAUGCAGCAAUCUUCGGUUUGACAUGAAAGAAGACCCACUUAGUCUGGCACACAUUGCGGACUGUCUGAUCGAAGACGAAGUGCGAUUUAUUCAAAGGCUGGCAAAGAGUCUGGCUCAUCACACUGUCAAUUCUGAAAGGGCUACGACAAGAGCAAAGCCCGUUCAAAGCAAGAUCAGCGUGGUGAUGAUACUUCAGGACUAUCUCGUCUCUUUAAGCCUUCUGCCCUCUCUCGCGUACCGGAUCUCUGGGAACGUGGCUCGAACAUCAAUCACCUCCGUUGCAUCGUCCAAGAUUGUGGUGGAUUUCGAUAUCACCGAGCACUCGCACGCUUUCACUUCUGGCACAGAAGAACAACUGAGUACACUCUCGGUGUUGGAAAUGCCCCCUAUCAACGGACAUGUCAACGUGAAUCUUGCGCUCCGUCGAGACGUAGAGGUGGACAUAAUUGUUGAGCUCAUUCGUCUUGAGGCUAGCGCUGUUCGUAGCCUGCUGGGUAUUUUGACUGGGCCCGAUGUUUCACGAAUCGUCUCGGAUUUGAAAGAGAGUGUGGAUGUUCUCCAAGUCCACCUCACGGACGUCCUCUCGCCAUCACACCCAGAGCCAGUACCAGAGGUUAAUCAUGAUCAUAAGGAUUCCACUGUUCUCUACAAGUCUCGCCUCACUAUCGCUGGUGUCGAAAUACAUGCCAUUGCACCAGGCCUCAAAAGCAAUUCUUACUCCGCUGAAAUGGUUUUCAAUCUGGGGUUACUGCAAAUGCGUCUUCACAAUGGUCUCGAUCGUGGGUUCGUGAUGGAAUAUCCUGAGUUUGGAAUCGAUGCUACGCAGAUCAAAUUCGAAUUACGAAAACAAUGCGGCGUACGUAACGAAGUCAAUGGUGUUGUUUCAGCUGCGGUUAAAUUCCAUGGCACAUCCACCGUGCGUGAAAAUGGACAGGUCAUUCGCGCAUAUCAUCUAACGAGCGAAAAAUUCAAUGUCGAACUAUUCGCCGAGACAGCUGCCCUGGUAGUCGACCUUGCGAUCUACACACAAGAACGUUUCAAGGCUCUAGACCUAUCGCACGAGGUUGAGCGUCUGCGAAGACUCCGGAAGCGACACCACCACCAUUCUGAAAUCCUGUCGUCAGCUGCUGGGGGGCCGGAAAUUCAUGUCAAUGAUGGCGACGCCGCACAGAACUUCUUGAAUGCGUUCUAUUCGUUGAAAUUCUUGAACAUUCAAGUUGCCUGGAACAUGCUGGCAAAGUCCGACUGGUCUGGCAGUCAUCAGCCCGAGGACUUGGUCUUUUCAAUUCGACAGGUCGAGCUUUCUAACAAGAAAAAAAACGCCGCUAAACUUCGAAUUGAGAACAUGCAAUUGCAAAUGGUUCCAUUCAAUGCAUCGAGAGAAAAGCGUUCACUUAAUUCGGCACUAAUGCCAGAGUUGGUCUUUAACGUCGCAUACUCCUCAAACCAUCGGGAAUUGUGGCUCGCUUUCCAAGCCGCGGGGAAAUCGCUCGAUAUUCGUUUGACUUCGGAAUUCAUUAUUCCCGCCAACAUGAUACGGACCUCCCUUGGAGCUGCCAGCGAAGCACUCCGCGAGGGUAAGGCCGCCUGGGCCACCAAUCCCACCCAAGAUGAUCCUGGCAAAACACGCAAUUUAUUCGGCAAUAAACGCCUUCGAUCUCUUUUGGUUGACGUUGACUUUGCUGGCGCGACAGUCUCUCUGCAAGGCAAGCAGAGUUCAACUCCCCAGAUUUUCUUGACUGCGGCUUUAAAUGACAAAAAGCCCUCCGAGUCAAAGUACGGGCAAUACGUGCAGGGUGACACUGCGACAACCGCAACUCUCCAGGCGCCAGGUGUUGCGGUCAAAGUUCAAUUUGACGACAACGGGGCCGACGAGCCAGCUUUGAAUGCUGAACUGAAAGUGGCUCCCUCUACGAAUGCUCUGUACCCGACUUUGGUUCCGUUGGUGAAGCAAAUGACUGCUACUGUUAAGGAAAUUAUGAGUGAGCAGCAGCAACCACAUGCCACCCGCCGGCGUGAGUCGUCGGCAGCGUCAAAGCUACAACCGCAAAAUUUGAUGCCCGAAUCUCCAUUUGGAUCGCCCGAUCCAACUUCCAUUUUAGGUAGAUGCAAAGUCAAUUUCGGGCUACUCUUCAGCAAACAAGAGUUCAGCCUGAGCUGCCAGCCAAUCGCCAGAGUCGCUGCUACGGCUCAGUUCCAGAGUAUCUACAUAACAGUCAACACGGUGCAUUCAGCAGAACAGGGCCGUUUCCUUGCACUUUCCUUGGCAUUCAAUGAGCUCGAGGCAUCUGUGAAACAUGUUUACUCGAACGAACCAACGGCGAGCUUCAAUGUUGAUUCAAUGGUCCUCUCCUUGAUGAACAGCAAACAUCUUGGCCGAACAAGCGGCAUGUCUGCGAUACUGCGGGUAAGCCCAAUGAAAGUGGCAUUGAACGCGAAACAGGUUCAAGACUCGCUUCUGUUCCGCGAAAUUUGGUUUCCAACGGAUCAUGACCACCCUGUUUCCAUGUCUCCAACACCCGAGCCGGAGCAUCAUGAGAACCCCACGUACAUCGUGCAGCGAUAUCAGCAGGUGGCAUCCACAUCAGUCUUUCCCUGGAACACCACGGUUGCCAUUGAGCAUGUGGAACUUGCGCUCGAUCUAGGGUCUACCUUGGGUAAAGCAGAGUUUUCCAUCGACAAUUUCUGGGUCUCCUCCAAUAAAACCUCAGAUUCCGAGCAAAGCAUGUGCGUUAACCUCGAUUCUGUUCGUAUUGAAGGCAAAGGCAGGAUGGCGGGCAAUGUUGAUAUGCACUCGCUGAAAAUCCGCACCUCUAUCAAAUGGCCUGAGGAAGCGGUCGGACAUACGCCAUUGAUUCAAGCUUCCAUUGCUUUCCAACGGCUUGAAGCCAAAGUGUCGUUUGACUAUCAGCCGUUCCUCGUCGUUCAGAUUGCUGAGUUUGACUUUUUAAUGUACAAUGUGCGCGAGAAGCCGGAAGAGGGCGGCGAACGGCUGUUCAGCUUGCUGGAGGGCGAUAAAGUUCAGGUGUUUUGCACGUCACUCACGGCAUCUCAAACCCUGGCGGUGUACCAAGCCUGGCAGCGGUUAGUGCAAGACAAGCAGUCGGCUUAUGAAUCGUCUCUACGGGAGCUUGAGCGAUUCCUUCGACGCAAAUCGACCGCGCUUCCCGUGCAAAUGCAGGCCCGGGCUGAGAAGAUGACCGCGCAAGAGGAAGAAGUCGAGCGCAUUCCGGGCUCAUUGCACACGGGUGUCGUGGUUCACAUACGGCACGUGAAUCUGGGCGCCUUCCCCAGCUCAUUCUCCGACAACCAGGUGUUCAAGCUUGAAGCCCACGAUGCGCAAGCCCGAUUCGGCGUGUCCCUUAAGGCAGGUCAGAUUCACAGUUCCCUCGGUCUGACACUCGGUCAACUACGUGUCGGCCUGGCCGGGAUUCACCGUCCCUCCUCGAUGCACCUCGACGAGCUUUCCAUUGGGGAAAUCAGCCAGCGUGCUGCAAGCUCCCGUGGUGGGACUAUCCUCAAGGUGCCGCGACUGAUGGCUGGGAUGGAGACCUGGCAAGUCCCGGGAAGUCGGCAGAUUGACUACACCUUCCACAGCACUUUUGAAGGCAAGGUGGAUGUAGGGUGGAACUACUCGCGCAUCAGUUUCAUCCGUGACAUGUGGGAGUCUCAUUCUCGCGCAUUGGCCUCGCGCCUUGGCAAGCCCUUACCGCCAUCUGCCGUUCGCAUCACCGGUGGGCGUGGUAGCAGCAGUGGCGGCGGCGAUAGUCAGAAGGAAGGUGGAUCGGAUGGCGAUAUCGCCGCUGCCUCUGCUGGUGCCGGGCCGCAGGACAAGAUCACCGCUGUGGUGAAUGUCCCCCAAAGCAAAUACACCUACACCGCACUUGAGCCACCGAUCAUCCAAACACCGCAAUUGCGAGACAUGGGCGAGGCCACCCCGCCGCUGGAAUGGAUCGGGCUGCAUCGCGAGAAGCUUCCCAACGUCACUCAUCAGAUCAUCAUUGUCUCUCUUCUGGAGAUUGCCAAGGAAGUGGAGGAUGCCUAUCGCAAGAUUCUAGGCUCGUGA